AUGAAUUUUCCAUGUGGACCGUUGGAUACCAUCCAAUUAAUUGCACUUAUCCUUUUUGUACUUCUUACUUUACAAAGUCUCCUUGGUAUUGGUCUAGGUAUAGGAUUUCUUCUUGAACCACCAUUAUAUAGAACUAUUAUUGAUCUCAAUUCUGCUUUUAAUAGACAAGCUUAUUUUUCCAUUUAUGCACCUCAUAUUCUUCUCAUAAUCGGUAGUGGUAUAGUAUUAAUACCAAUCAUUUUAGGUGUAGUCGGCAUAUUAAGACGUCGUUGGCGUUUUUUAAUAAUUUCUCUUGCUUUACUUUCACUUUAUAUGGCUAUUUUAUCAGGUGCUGUUGCAUCUGGUUUUGCUUAUUAUGAUCGACUUCGACCUACAUUAGAAACUGAUAUUGCACAAACAUCAGCAUCUAUAUGGUCAACAGUUCGUACAACAUAUAAUUGUACAGGAACAAAUUGUGUUACCGCAUUAGAGAACGCUAUGUAUUCAAAUAAACAACGUAUUGGUAUAAUAUCUGUUGUUUUUCUACUUGUACCAAGUUUAAUAACACUUAUUAUGAUGUUUCAAAUGCGUCGAGAUAUACUUUAUUUUAAAUAA